AACCGGAAGUGAACUCACCCACUUCCUCCUGAAAUUUCCUGCUCUCCGGGGUUCGUGUAGACUGUCCAGAGUCCACGGAUCUUGGCUGAUUUUACCGAUUUUCCAUAAGAAUUUCUCGACGAUAUCGAGUAUUUAUUGUAACAGAUUUACAAGAAGCAGUGUGACUGUUGAACAAGGAUGUCACUGCCUCAGCAGCACAGCUUUGGGUACGGCCCUGUCACCUGUGCUGCCUUCAACAAGGAUCGCACACAGGUGGCUUUGUCCCCCAACAACAGCGAAGUCCACAUCUAUGCCUUACGUGGAAAGAGCUGGGAGAAAAUCCAUGAGCUAAAGGAGCACAACAAUGCCCACGGCCAGUGUGUGACCGGCAUUGACUGGGCCCCGGAAUCCAACCGGAUUGUGACAUGUGGUGCUGACCGGAAUGCUUAUGUGUGGGUGAUCCAGGACGGCUCCUGGCGCCCGACCCUGGUUAUCCUGCGCAUCAACCGUGCUGCUACCUGCGUCAAGUGGUCACCCAAAGAGGACAAGUUUGCGGUUGGGAGCGGGUCCCGCCUCAUCUCGGUCUGCUACUUUGAGCGGGAGAACAACUGGUGGGUCAGCAAGCACAUCAAGAAGCCAAUCAGAUCCACUAUCACAUGUCUGGAUUGGCACCCCAACAACAUCCUUCUGGCUGCUGGGUCAUCCGACUUCAAGGCAAGGGUGUUCUCAGCCUAUGUGAAGGAGAUGGAGAGCAAGCCCGGCCCCACCACCUGGGGCACUAAGAUGCCAUUUGGUCACCUCAUGGCUGAGUUCUCCAACAAUACAGGUGGCUGGGUGCACUCAGUGUGCUUCAGUCAGUCUGGAGAGAAGCUGUGCUGGGUUGGCCAUGACAGCAGUCUGUCUGUGGUGGACUCAGCCAAUGGCAUGGUCCAUACCUCCAACACGACUGAGUUCCUCCCCUUCCUGUCCUGUACCUGGGUCACCAACAACAGCAUUGUGGUCGCAGGCCAUGGCUGCCUGCCGAUGUUGUACCUACAUGAUGACCAGGGAAACAUCACCUUCCUGCACAAGCUGGACAAGAGCAGCAGUCAGUCCGGAGGCGGCGAGACCAUCUCCGCCAUGAAGCGUUUCCAGACCAUGGACCGCAUGGCUGCCACCGAGGUGUCCACCACUGACCCCAACACCAUCCACCAGAACACCAUCACUCAGGUGAUGGUCCACACUGGCUCCAAGGAACAGUGUGAGAAGUUUGUCACCGUGGCUAUGGACGGCAAGAUGGUCACCUGGGACUUCAAGUCGCUGGAGAAAUCUAUCCAAGGCCUGAAGCUGAUGUAGACACAAGACAACAUCAACUGACCAAGGCUGUCAACUCUUCACAAUCACAUGUACAAUAUUACCAUGUGAUAAAUAUAUAGCAAAGGAACAUGAAAUGAAGAUAUACACUUUGUACGAGAAUGUAAAGACGGAAUGUUACAUACUUUUAAGAUGCAGAAGAGGUAACAAGUUGACAUGAGGAGGGUACAAUAAACAGUAGUCCAGGUGAA